UUACCCUUCCCUUUAUAGUUAUGACAGACCUAUUCAGGUAACGUCGGUUAUUCGAGCCCCAUCGUUUUUGCUUAACCCAGACGAUUAGUGCUGAAUCUUCCAACCCGGCACCAUGAGUUUUGCCGAGCUCUUAGACCACGUCGGGGGGAUAGGUCGCUUCCAAAUCAUCUAUGCGAUCUUACUGGCUAUUCCAGUUUUCAUGCUGGCCAGCCAUAACCUCCUGCAGAACUUCACUGCUGCCACUUCUGAGCACCACUGCCAUGUCCAUAUCAACAUCAACAACACUCCUUACACCAACCUCACCGGAAAGCUCGCUGCCAAGAACCUCCUCAGGGUCUCCAUCUCCAUGGACAGCAACCAGCAGCCAGAGAAGUGUCACCGCUUUGUCACCACGCAGUGCCAGCUCCUAGACUCCAACGCCACAGUCACAAACCUAACCGAGCUGGAGACUGAACCCUGCGCUGAUGGGUGGGUGUACGACAAGAGCAUUUUCACCAGCACCAUCAUUACAGAGGUACGUGAGAGCAAGACCUGCUGCAGCGUGGGUAACCGGCGACUUCAAUCCAUGUGGCUUCAAGUGGCUGCCAUUGCACAGGUGUAA